GCCGGCAUCCAGCUUGCCCAGGGCCCCUUCCCCUCCCCCUCCUGGCUGGCAGGAGGCGCAGGUGGCUGCAGCCCAGCACCCGACGCACGGGCUCCCGGAGGCCACCCACCUAGCAGCAGCAUGGAGCACAUCCGCACGCCCAAGGUAGAGAAUGUCCGAUUGAUGGAUCGAACAUCUUCCAAAAAACCAGUCCUGGGGACUUUGUAUCUGACGGCCACCCAUGUCAUCUUUGUGGAGAAUGUGCCUGAAACUAGAAAAGAGACCUGGAUUCUGCACAGUGAGAUCUCUUCCAUUGAAAAGCAGGCGACCACGGCGGGGGGCUGCCCGCUGCUUAUUCGGUGCAAGAAUUUCCAGGUGCUGCACCUCGUUGUCCCUCAGGAGAGAGACUGCCAGGAUGUAUACAUCUCCCUCCUCCGUUUGGCCAGACCAGUGAAAUAUGAAGAGCUGUUCUGUUUCUCCUUCAACCCCAAGUUGGACAAGGAAGAACGGGAGCAAGGCUGGAAGCUGGUGGAUCUCCGUGAGGAGUACAAACGCAUGGGUAUCCCCAACAGCUGCUGGCACCUCAGUGAUGUCAACAGAGACUACCGGGUCUGUGACUCGUAUCCCACUGACGUCUAUGUCCCCAGGUCAGCCACCGCGCAUAUUAUCGUGGGUAGCUCCAAGUUCCGAAGCCGUCGGCGAUUCCCUGCCUUGUCUUAUUACUGUAAAGACACCAAUGCCUCCAUCUGCCGGAGCAGCCAGCCUUUGUCCGGCUUCAGUGCCCGCUGUCUUGAGGAUGAGCAGAUGCUUCAGGCAAUUCGAAGAGCCAACCCCGGGAGUGACUUUAUGUACGUUGUGGACACACGGCCUAAGCUCAAUGCCAUGGCCAACCGUGCAGCGGGCAAGGGCUAUGAGAAUGAGGAUAAUUACGCCAACAUCAAGUUCCAGUUCAUUGGCAUUGAGAACAUCCACGUCAUGAGGAGCAGCCUGCAGAAAAUGCUGGAAGUGUGUGAGCUGCGAUCCCCUUCAAUGAGUGACUUCCUCUGGGGCCUGGAGAAUUCUGGCUGGCUGAAGCACAUCAAAGCUAUCUUGGAUGCAGGGGUGUUCAUCGCCAAGGCUGUGGCUGAAGAAGGGACCAGCGUCCUUGUCCACUGCUCAGACGGCUGGGACCGAACGGCCCAGGUCUGCUCGGUGGCUAGCCUCCUCCUGGAUCCCCACUAUCGGACCUUGAAAGGCUUCAUGGUGUUAAUUGAAAAAGACUGGAUUUCCUUCGGGCACAAGUUUAAUCAUAGAUACGGCCACCUGGAUGGCGACCCCAAGGAGAUCUCCCCAGUCAUUGACCAGUUUCUUGAGUGUGUCUGGCAGCUCAUGGAGCAGUUCCCCUGUGCCUUUGAGUUCAAUGAGAGGUUUCUGGUGCACAUCCAACAUCACAUCUAUUCUUGCCAAUUUGGGACCUUCCUCUGUAACAACCAGAAGGAGAGACAGGAGCUGAGGAUUCAAGAAAGAACACACUCUUUUUGGGCUCACCUGUGGAAGAAUCGGGCUGACUACCUGAAUCCCCUGUUCCGAGAGGACCAUAGCCAGGCUCGGGGAAUCCUUCGGCCCCCAACCAGUCCGUGCAACUUCAUGUACAAGUUUUGGAGUGGAAUGUAUAACCGCUUUGAAAAAGGCAUGCAACCUCGGCAGUCCGUCACUGAUUACCUGAUGGCGGUGAAGGAAGAAACGCAGCAAUUGGAAGAGGAGCUGCAGGUCUUGGAAGAGAGACUGGAAAAAAUCCACAAGAUUCCCCUCAGCCAGACGCAGGGGAAGAGCGAGCCCAGCGCGCCGCAGAGCAAACGUCCCGGGCUGUCGGCCUCCACCCCCGGUGGAGGGAACCCCCCUGCGGAUUCCGGGGGUCAUCUGAAAUCAUCGCCCUCCCGGAGCCCUUCCCAAGGCAAUGACGAUUCUGCCCUGAUUCUCACCCAGGAGAACUUGAAGAGCUCGGAUCCUGACCUCUCCGCCAACAGCGACCAGGAGUCGGGGGUGGAGGACCUGAGCUGUCGCUCCCCGAGCGGGGGCGAGUGCUUGCCCAGCGAGGACAGCGGCAAGGACCCCGAUCCCGACGAGGCGGUGUUCCUCACCGCAUGAGCCCCCGCCGCCCCGAAGGACUGCCGGGAACGAGACGUGUUUCCCCCCCAAAGGGGAGCCGUGCAAUCCAAAAUGGAACAACCAAGGAGAGUUGGAAAUCGGGUCCCACAAGCCAAGGGCUGUCAAUCUUUAAGGAUGUUUGAGCAUAGAAAAUUGCCUUUGGCCUUUUCAAAUGGCAGAAACUUUCCUCCCCCUUCUAGGUAUCAUAUGAAAAUCAAGGUAGAGAAAUGAAUUUAUAAACAUAAAGCCUAGUACUUUUGGAACUGGGAUUCAAAUUAGAAAAGACCCACAGUGAUUUUCUUUUCAAGCUUGACAUGUAAAUUCUAGGUCACGUAACACUUAAACCUCUUUGUUUUAAAAUCCUUGAAAACACAUCUGAGAAACAAAAAGGAUAAUCAUUGACUUAAAAAAAAAAAAAAAAAAACCUUUGAAAAUUCCCCAAAGAGAGGUCCUGAUAUAGAACAAGAGACAAAUCAAAGUUCUUAGUCUCAAAGGAUUUGGGGGGAGGGAGGGGAAGAGUAGAGGAAGAGAAAGAAGAAAAGGAAAGGCCUGGGAACAUGAGUCAAUUCAGCAAAUAUUAAGCACCUGCUAGUUACAAAGCACUAGAGCUGCCUUCAAGGAACUAAUAGGCUCUACUAGGAGGAUUGCAUUUGUGAGCAAAUACAAGAUUAUUGGAGCAGAAGGAAAGCCCUCAGAAUCAGGGGGAUCCAGACAGACUUCCUAGAGGAGGAGGCACCAAAGGUGAGCCUUGAAGGAAGAUGAAGAAGCAAUGGGGACUGUUUGGAAAGCUGAAAAGGCAGAAAAUGGGAUAUCAGGCAUAUUAGGCUGAUGUGAAACAAGGCUGGAGAGAUGGAUUGGAACUAGCUCGGGAGAACAUUUAAAAGCUAGGUGGAGGAAUUAGUAUUUAUUUUCUUAGAAAAUAGGGAUUCAGCUAUUAUUCUCUUCAUUUUAUAGCUGAGGUAAACGGGGAUAAGUGAGCUCCCCAGGAUCACACAGCUAGUAAAUGUCCUGAGGCAGGAUUCAAAUUCAGGUUUUCCUGAUUGAAUCCAAUGCACCACCUCGCUGAGAAAGGGAGUGGAAACAUAAGGCAGUAGCUGAUCGGGAUGAGAAGAUACAGUGAAAAUUCAGUGUGUUUGCAAGCAUCAGGGAAAAUAGGAAGAGAUGAGAUUAGUUAGAAAAGGUGGGAGGGAAUGAGGUCAAAAAUACACAUAAAGGGGUUGACCUUUAUAAAUUUAGAGCAGGAAAUACUGGUGUUUGGGGAAAAAAUUUGGUAGCUGUGUAGAAAACCGUAAGUGAAACCGAAAGCAGGGAGGCAAAUUAAGAGGCAGUCUAGACAAGAGAUAAUGACCUGUGAUUUCGAGGGGAGAGAGCACAUGACAGACUGUGAGGCAAGGAAGGAGAAGAGAGUCUAGGACGACUCCCAAGAUGGAUAUGGAGAUGACAUGAAUGACUUCUGUCUGUCCGGAGUUAUUAAUCAUAGCCACUUCCCUCAUCUAAGCUACUAUCACGUGUUAUUGUAGUCUGUGUGAGUGAACACAACAAAGGUGCUUUCAACGUAGUUGGUACCUGAAGGAUCCUUGGCUUUGAAGGUAUCCUAAUCUUACUUUCCGGCUGAGAUCAUGGGAGGUAGGCGCUGGAAGGGACCUUCUAGUGUGAUCCCCUCGAGUUACAGAUGAGGGAAAUAUGGCUUGUCCCUAAUCCCAAAGGUAGAAAGUAGUGUUUGCAGUAUUGUUUUGGAUGCAUUUAAAGGAUAGCUAGGGAUGUCCUUCCCUUCAGUAUAAAGUUAUCCCUCCUACCUGAACAGUCACAUUGAAAUUAAAGCCCCCCACCAGCUCCUUUUUGGGGUAGGGCCUUUAUCAUGGAAAGACUCAUGGCUCAGUGGCAGCCCCAUAAUCUUACUUCCUCCACUUAUGAUUCUUAACCACCAACUGGAAAUGAAGCUUCUUUGAAACGGGAACAAACCCCAUCAGUCGUGUGAAUAUACCUCGGUGGCGAAGCUCUGCUUAAGGUGAGCAAAAGAAAAGAAAUCACAGCCUUGCUACUCGCUGAUGUUGCUGGAGUAUGGAUUAAGUGUAGCGCAGGUGCCGGGAUCUUUAAUGAGCGCCUGGGCUUUUGUUCCAAAAUUCUAGGUCUUAACAAACAGGAGGGAAGAAAUUUUGGUUCAGGGUGGCCAUAAAGCCACACUGUGAUCGGUCUUGGACUUUCUUUGGCUAAGUCUGGGUGCCCAAAGGGAUGACACGUGGACCCUUGCUGGGUCCCUGGGAUGGAGAAGAUGCUUAGACACCCAUUGGUUUUGUCAUCCCUGGCUUUAAGUACCGGAGGCUUCCCCAACCCCUUGGAGGUAGGGACCAGGAGAAGAAAAGGGGGCAUGAGCCGGGCCUUCCCCAUUUUGCCUCAGGGUUUCUGGAUGCAUGCACCGUUCAGCACAUCUGAGCCUAAUUUAGUUUAGUUAUUUUCCUUUAAUCCUUAAACUUACUUUUGUAACAUCUGGGAUUACAUCCCCAUGUUCCUUCUACCUCGUAUAAUGUAGUUUGGCACUGGAAUGCUUUCCUCAGACAUUACCAUCAGGCUAACCAACAUACUGACUCCUUCCGUGUUUCCUUACAGAAUGUUUUUAUUCAUUUUUAAUGGCUUUUUUGUUUCCGUUUUAAAAUACAGACUAGCUGUGGUGUUUGCCUAAAACUAGUCAUUGGUGAUUGCCUUUACAUGGUUCAGCCUUUCUAAGACUGAUUGCCAACUCCAGACACUGGCUUUGGAAGCCUGGAUUAACCAGGGGCCACCUGACAGUCAUAUGAAAUAUAAAUGGCCCAUUUUAAAGAUACAUUUCUUUUUGUUUUAUUAUAUUUUUAUCCUAUUUUAUAGGUCACUUGAAAAUUGUUUAAAGAGCAAAAUAAAAGUUGAAGGCUUUUGAGUGAUUGGUACUAGUUGAGGUUGGGUAGUCAUAAUUUGGUUUUGUUUGGGUGUAUUGUUUUAAAUUGCAUCUUAAAAUUGUAUUUCAUUAUUUUGAUUUCUAUAUAAAAUGAAUCUGCAAAAAAGGAAGUAAAUAAACAGGGCUACCUUCUUAAAGUCAAGACUGAGAGCUGAAAAGGAUAUGAGAGUACAGGACUACUCCAAUAGGGCAUUAACUAUGAUUGUGCCGAGUGCUGGAUCAGGAGUCACAAGCCUGUAUUUACAGAUAUAUUCUGUUCACAUUGAGCCAAGUGAACAUAAAACUCUGAGCAAUCCCCAAAUGUUAAAAUGGACGGAAUUUUGGUUAACAUAAAUGUUUGUCUUGUCAUGUAUGUAAUAUGCAUACUGUGUUGAUAAAAAAUACUCUCUACAAUAAAUCCUUAAGAUGCAA